CGUCCCCCUCUUAAUCCCCCCUCGCCGUCGCGGCCCACCCUCCCGUGAGCGGGGAUGACCCUGUCGGGCAGCCUGAGCGCCAGCGACAUGUCCGGCCAGACGGUGCUGACGGCCGAAGACGUGGACAUCGACGUGGUGGGCGAAGGCGACGAGGGCCCGGAGGAGCGCGAGGGGGGCGGCGGCGGCGGAGAGGCCGAGGGCGGCGGCGGGGGCGGCGGGGGCAGCCCUCCGGCGGGGCUGCCGGCCCAGCUGGCCCUGGACGAGGCGGCCGAGCUGCUGCUGGCCAAGGAGGCGGCGGCGGCGGCGUGCGAGGCGAGCUCGGGCAGCGGCAGCCCCGUCGAGGAGAAGGCGGCCGAGGAGGGCGGCGGCGGCGGCGGGGGCGGCGUCGGGGGGUCGUCGGGGCCCGGGGCGGCGUCGGGCUCCGGCAAGCCCAAGAGCAGCCUGGUGAAGCCGCCCUACUCGUACAUCGCGCUCAUCACCAUGGCCAUCCUGCAGAGCCCGCAGAAGAAGCUGACGCUGAGCGGCAUCUGCGAGUUCAUCAGCAACCGCUUCCCCUACUACCGGGAGAAGUUCCCCGCCUGGCAGAACUCCAUCCGCCACAACCUGUCGCUCAACGACUGCUUCGUCAAGAUCCCCCGCGAGCCGGGCAACCCGGGCAAGGGCAACUACUGGACCCUCGACCCCCAGUCCGAGGACAUGUUCGACAACGGCUCCUUCCUGCGCCGCAGGAAGCGCUUCAAGCGGCACCAGCAGGAGCAGCUCCGCGAGCAGACGGCGCUCAUGAUGCACAGCUUCGGCGCCUACAGCCUCGCCGCCGCCGCCGCCGCCGCCGCCUCCUCCUCCGCCGCCGCAGGCCCCUACGGCCGCGCCUACGGCCUGCCCCCCGGCGCCUACCCGCACCCCGCCGCCCUGCAGUACCCCUACAUCCCGCCCGUCGGGCCCAUGCUGCCCCCCGCCGUGCCGCUCCUGCCCUCGGGCGAGCUGGGCCGCAAAGCCUUCAACGCCCAGCUCGGGCCCAGCCUGCAGCUCCAGCUCAGCAGCCUCAGCGCCGCCGCCGCCGCCGCCGCCGCCGCCGCCGCCUCGGCCGGCGUCGGGGCCGCCGCCGUGAAGGCCGAGCCGCCCAGCCGGCCCUCCUUCAGCAUCGAGAACAUCAUCGGCGGGGCGGGCGGCGGCGGCGGGGGCGGCGGGCCGGGGGCCGCGACGGCCCAGACCUUCCUCCGCCCGCCCGUCUCGGUCCAGUCCGGCCUGCUGGCCCACCAGCCCCUCUCGCUGGCCCGCACCACGGCGGCCAUCGCGCCCAUCCUCGGCGUGCCCACGAACAUGAUCUCGGGACAGUUCUUGCCGCCCGCCUCCGCCGCGCCCCCCGUCCAGGCCAAGUGGCCGGCGCAAUAG